UCAGCGAGGCGGCCAGUCGCCGCGAACGUCUGUGCGCGCCGCCCGCGCCUGCCCGCGCCGCCGACAGCGGCCGACGCAACUUUUGGAAACGGAACGCGAACUUUUUUUGUAUCGGAUUUUUGAAGUUUUUCGAUAUACUAAGUGGGUGCGGCGGUGCAGUGCGGGCCCUCCAGCCGCCCAGUGAGUGCGUGAGCGGUGUUCACGCGUGGACUCGCCGCUAAUCACCGCGCGUAACCGUGUUUCAAAAAUAAAACGUUGCCGAUUCGAAACCGGAGCACCCCGAAGGUUAAUGACAAAAUAAAAAGCAUGCAUUAAAAUUGUGUGUCUGAAAACUGUGGGCGCGCGGCAACCUGGAUCAGUGGCCCGUGCUCGGUAUCAACACUUUACGUUAAUUCCUCGGAGAUUAAUUUCCCAAGCGUUACGCAGCUCCGGCAUCACCGGGACUAGAUGAGCGCAGCGCGAGGCCCGGCUCGGAGAGCGCGCGCACGCUGACUGCACAUACCAUGAAACGAAGAAAACAUGAGCCAAGCGCUGUCACUGCUCAAGUUCAUCAAAAUACCAAAAAAGUUAUCCCAACGUGAGAGGACACUCGCAGUGGCAUGACUGGCCGCGAGGACAUCACACUGCCACACUAACCAGUGCCUUACGUUAUAAAUAGUGAAUCUUGGUGCUUCGAAACAAUAAAUAAUGUUAGUGAACACAGACACACGGACGAUAAGGUCAAGCGUUUAAAAUGUUAGACGUUUUUCGCGGAUUGAAGAAUCUCAUUAAAGUGAACUAUGUACACAUCGACUCGCCGGUAUUUCGAUUGCACUACUCCAUCACCGUCAUCUUGCUAAUCUCGUUUAGCCUGAUAGUGACGACGAGGCAGUACGUGGGCAACCCCAUCGACUGCAUCCACACCAAGGACAUCCCCGAGGACGUGCUCAACACGUACUGCUGGAUCCACUCCACCUACACGCUCAAGAGCUUCUUCAACAAGAAGGUGGGCGUGGAGGUGCCCUACCCCGGCAUCGGCAACAGCAGGGAGAAGGGCAAGGAAGACAUGAGUGACAGGAAAAUAUACAAGUACUACCAAUGGGUGUGUUUUUGCCUAUUUUUUCAGGCAAUGUUAUUCUACGCUCCCCGUUGGCUUUGGAAGUCGUGGGAGGGGGGCAAGAUCCGGGCUCUGAUGAUGGACCUGGAUGUGGGAGUCUGCACCGAGAUCGAGAAGAAGACGAAGAAGAAGCUGAUCCUGGACUACCUGUGGGAGAACCUGAGGUACCACAACUGGUGGGCGUACCGGUACUACCUCUGCGAAGGCCUUGCUCUUGUCAAUGUUAUAGGGCAAAUGUUCCUGAUGAACCGUUUCUUCGACGGAGAGUUCCUGACCUUCGGGCUGGACGUCAUCGCCUACAUGGAGUCAGAUCAGGAGGACCGCAUAGAUCCUAUGAUUUACAUAUUUCCAAGGAUGGUGAAGUGCACGCUGUUCAACAAGUUCGGGUCGUCGGGCGAGGUGGAGCGGCACGACGCGCUCUGCAUCUUGCCGCUCAACGUGGUCAACGAGAAGAUAUACGUGUUCCUGUGGUUCUGGUUCGUUAUCCUCGGCAUCCUCACGUUCGUCACCCUCAUCUACCGGGUCGUCAUCAUCUUCUCGCCGCGCAUGCGCGUGUACAUGAUGCGCAUGCGCUUCCGGCUCGUGCGGCGCGACAACGUCGACACGAUCGUGCGGCGCAGCAAGAUGGGCGACUGGUACCUGCUGUACAUCCUCGGCGAGAACCUGGACUCGGUGAUCUUCCGCGACAUCAUGCACGAGUUCGCGAACAAGCUGAACCACAACUACCAGCACCACAUCCACGGCGUGCCGGACGCGUGACCUCCGGUGCCGGGCUGGGUGUUCCACACGUGACUGACGUCGCUGCAGCGCGACAUGGAGCCGCCCGUGUGAGCCGCCCGCGUGGCCGCCCGCUGCAGUACCCCCACCAGGACAAUACUAACCAGUGUAAAGACUACUUUUAUCGAUACUUUUUGAUCGAAAUCGUAACAGUGCAAUUCUAAACAUGCAAUAAUAGUUUGUACUUAAUCUUUAAGAACGUGAUCUCAGGACGAAUCCUAUCGAAGGCCUUCUAAUAGUUAACAUCGACGGCUACCCCGUUAGUACUAGUAUACUUUUUAGAUCUAUUUUACUCAUAGUUUCGCUGCUCGUAGUAAUCUGUUAAUCGACGCUUCGUUUUUUUUUACUUUAGCUGUUGUAAGAUACUGAUGGUAAGCACUCGGUGAGCACACUUUAUACAUACAUUUUUACACGAUUCACUCGCCAAGGAUUUAACAGACCAAAAAAAUUAAAGCAAUAAUUAAUAAAGCAAUUAAGUAUUAUAGUGUAGUUGUAAUUGAGAUAUUUAACUAGUUGGAACGAUCUGUUCUUUAGGGGGAUCGAGUAAUAUCGGUGUAUGUCCGGUCAGCCGCGAGCGCGCUGCCGCCGCCGCGAGGACCACCACUUGACAAUGACGUAGCUUUUGCGUGUCAAAAGACAUUAACGAACGAAAUAUAGAACAUUUUAAACGUAAUCAUUCUUAAUAACUUUUAUUUACAAUACUAUACAUUAGCGACAAUAAUGAAUAGCCAUUUCCUUUAUAUUGCAUUGGACGCAAUACUACUUUAAUCUCUAUUUGCAAGUCAUGGAAUAGUGACUAGGUUACAUUUCUUCAUUGGCUGAAAAUUAAAAAUACAUGAAUCUGACGGUUUCCUAGUAAACGAACGAUGGCCACACCUACGUAGCGCUCAAAUGAAACAAUGUUAUGACAUGAACCACACUGCCACACUGCCACACGUGCCCAUGGGGAAUGACGCGACUGUUCACAGAUUGUAAUUAAAUGUUAUUUGUGUCUCGGACUUGAGUUUAUAAUGAGGCGACUGAAUUCUUAUGAUUUUUCGAUUGUUAAAACUUAUUAAUAUUUUAAUUUUAGAAAUUAAACUAGAAUUUUAGAGGUCUAAUAUGAUUUAAACUUUAAAAUCCUGGUUUAAUUUUGUAAUUAAAACAUAAUUUGCUUGCUUGCAGAUUUACAAAAACAUUACUUGUUCAAACUGAUAGAGGUUUCUGUAAUCUUGCAAGCUUGUUAAUAUUUAGAGAAAUUAAUUUGCCUAGAAUUAGGCUAAAUUGUUUAAUAAUUGUUACAAUCAUUCUUUGUGUUCGUGAGAAAUUAGAAAAUCGUUUCGGCUUCGCUGAUCUAAGAUGUUUAUCUCCACAAAUAUUAAUUCUAUUUUCAGUUUUAUUUAUUAAAUCAAAUAUAAUCCAAGUUGUUUGGUAUUUUUUGAACAUAAUUCUUAUGAUUAAACUGGUAUAUAGGUACGGUUAUAUAUAUAACGGUUAGAUAUAAAAUGUUUUUAAUCUUGCGAGAAAUAAUUUUUUACAUGAUUGAAAAUGUCAUCUGACAGGUCGUUGUUAAAAUUAUAAUCAGAGCAUUUUAUUAUUAUUGAACAUUUGUGGAGAUCGCAUCUUAAGUAGACACUUAAAUAUUGUACAUGUAAAAAGGUUGUUUGAUUGUAAAGUUGUAUUAUAUUUGCCAAUAAGUUGUCGAAGCCGCGAGUGGCUGCAUUUUUCAUUAUGAAGCGUACCUACUUCGCCCGUAUUCAGUUUCCGAUCCUCGUAUCGUAUUGUAUCCCAAUACUUUAGUAACUUACCACUUUAUUACCUACGUAUAACGUAAAUCUACCUUAUCCAAUUUGUAUUAAGACGCAAAAUCGUAAAUUAUUAAGGAUUAGAAAAUCCUCGUUCCUUGCAACAGUUUCGCUGAAUACGGGCUACAGUAACAACUGACCUCGGUACUUAGUGAACUAUGCCAAAUAUUGUGCCAAAACGUAAUUAUUUAUAGCGAAAUGUUACGACAGACGAGAGUUACCAUGGGAGAUAUCGAAUAAAUAAUAUUGAAAAUUA